UCCACCCGCCAGCCCCGCGGCGGAAGCGGGGCCCUGCCAUGGGGCGGCCGUGGGGCCGGUCGUUGCUGCCGCUCGGCCUCCUGCAGCUGCUGGGCGGCCUGGCCGCCGGUGUGUGCCCCUGCCCGGACCCGCGGCUCUGCCACCCCAUCACGGGCACCGGCGGCUUCGAGGUCUUCGUGUUCGAUGUGGGGAAGGAAACCUGGAAAUCCUACAACUGGUCAAAAAUUACGACUGUGGCAGCAUUUGGGAAGUACGACCCUGAGCUCAUGUGCCAUGCUCACUCUAAAGGCGCCAGGAUAGUCCUGAAAGGUGAUGUACCUCUUAAGGAGAUUGUUGAUCCUGCUAAAAGAGCAGCGUGGAUAUCCCAACAGGUGGACCUUGCAAAAAGGCAGUAUAUGGAUGGAAUUAAUAUAGAUAUAGAGCAAGAAGUUAAUGAAACCUCUCCUGAGUAUUAUGCAUUAACAGAGCUUGUUAAAGAAACUACAGAUGCUUUUCACAGAGAAAUUCCAGGAUCACAGGUAUCGUUUGACGUGGCUUGGUCUCCAUCAUGCAUAGAUAAAAGGUGCUACAACUACACUGGGAUUGCAGAUGCCUGUGACUUCUUAUUUGUGAUGUCAUAUGAUGAACAGAGCCAGAUCUGGACAGACUGUAUUGCAAAAGCCAAUGCUCCUUAUCUGCAAACGUUAGUUGGAUACGAAGAGUACAUUACUAUGGGCAUUGAUCCGAAGAAGCUUGUGAUGGGCGUCCCCUGGUAUGGCUAUGACUAUGUCUGCCAAAACCUGUCUCAGGAUCACAUUUGCUACCUCCCCAAAGUACCUUUCCGUGGGGCUCCUUGCAGUGAUGCUGCAGGGCGUCAGGUCCCCUACGGAGCAAUAAUGAAGCAGGUGAACAGUUCUCUCUCAGGGGUGCUGUGGGAUGGGGUACAGAAAUCUCCAUUUUAUGAAUACCAGGAUUCUUUUGGUCACUUGCACCAAGUGUGGUAUGAUGACCCUCGCAGCAUCUCUCUAAAAGCAGCAUAUGUGAAGAAACGAGGUUUAAGGGGCAUUGGCAUGUGGAAUGGAAAUAGUCUUGACUAUUCCAGGGAAGCUGUAGCAGAAAAACAAACUGAAGCAAUGUGGCAAGCCCUGACACCGUAAGAACUAUGUCAACCUUGAUUUUUUUUUUAUUAUGGCUUAUACUAUCAUAGACUUUGACUUUAUAUAAAUAUAUCAUGAUUACAAAAACUUUGAUUACAAAACUAACCAAAUUCAACUUGUUAUUUUCUAUGCAAAGCCAUAUUUUCAUUCUUCAGAAAGUCCCCAUGUUGCUUUAGCAGCGUUUUUUUAAAAAGACUGUUGAUCUUUUUUAUUUUUCACAACUACCGUAAGUUGGUUAAAGCUCGACCGCAGUGUGUGUCUGGUAACAAGACCAAGGGGUGGAUUUACAGGGACAAUCUAAUAAUGAACCUUUGCUAAGGCUGCCUGCUGCAGCGAGCAUUCAUUCCGGGGUCAUACGGUGCAGUCUCAGCAUUCUGAUUUCCCACCCCGACCUAUAUUUUAGCUAAAUCACUCUUGAAUCAGAUUAAACACAGAAUACUGGAGAGACAGAUUGUUGCUUACAUGCAACUUGGUGAAACUUGUGCUUGUUCUUUGGUUACUCUUCUAGAGAUUAAAAUAUUUUAUAGACUGAAGAAAUUAUGUAACAUGAAAUAGCUGACAUUAAGAUUUUUAUCAGAUUUGUUGUUAAAAGGGAAUAUUCAAUAAACUCUGGUUUCACCGUG